AUGCGCCUUAUCAUCGCCUUCGCGCUCCUCGGAGCGGCCCUGGCCGGAAAGGCCGCCCAGAGUUGCCGUAGUAGUUCGGAUUGUGACAGGAAUUUCAUCUGCGAAAGAGGAUACUGCCAAGACCCGAAAGAAAUCGUCCUUGACGGUGAUUGCAACAACCCGAACGAGGAGUGGCUAGACUGUGGGGACAACAGCCGAAAAUGCAUCCGAAAGAGUGAUUGCCCGAAGAAGCCUUCCCCUUCAUCCGAUUCAUGCUUCAUCGACCGUGACUGCCCAUCCGGAUUUGCAUGCGGUUUUGGAAGCAUCAAGGCCGACUGUGGGCCAGGGCUAACUUGCCGGAAUUCCCGUUGCGAGCGCGAGCAGAUGAACAGCGGACGUGCUGGGGAUAGCUGUCGCGCUAGCAUUGAAUGUGAAUCUCCUCUGAAUUGUCAACUCGGAAAAUGCUCGAGGGGAUCAGCCCCUGCGCCACUUCCAUCCCAACAUGAAGGCCGGGAGGGAUCUCGCUGCAUCACCAGCUUCGAGUGCGAAUCUCCUCUAAACUGCGAGCGCGGCACCUGCUCCCGCCAGACCUCUGCCUUCACUAGAUUCCCCCAGGCCAGUGGCAGAGGCGGAAGUGCCGUCGGCUCUAUGCGCCAACUCUUCCCAAACACCAUUUUCACCCAUUGCCGUAAGGAUAUUGAUUGCGAUCCCGGCCUCCUUUGUGCUCGCGGCCAAGUUUGUCGCCCCACCGACCGCGAGAAGCGCACCGAGAGCGAGCUGUGCGAAUACACGCAUCAAUGUGAGGGCAUCCUCAUCUGCCGCGAUUCGAAAUGCCAGCGCUCCAGACCCUUG